UAGAUCGCUUGGAAAUCUAUAAUAUAUGUUACGUGAACUAUAGAUUUUCAGGCGAUCUAUGCGCUCUAUGCGCUCAAUGCGUGAAACGGAACGCAUUCAUAAUUCUACAGAUGGAGAGUUGAUCCGAGGUAAAUAAAGAGCGAUGUUUCCAUCGACUUUGAAUUAAAAAAUUAAAUUUAAACAUUUAAUACGCACAAAUUAAAUUGGUUUCAAGUUACGUAUUAUUGAAACUUAAUUCAAGUUAUCAUGGAUAAGAAGAAUAAUGAUAGUGCGAAAUAAAGAUUCUAUUAUAUUUCCUGUGUGUGAAAAAAUAUUUAUUGAAUAGAAUUUAUUUUUUAUGAAAUGAAAGAGAUUUAGAAAUGAUAUAAAAUUUAUUAUAUAAAUAAAUUUAUUAUAUUAUUAACAAUAUGGCCAGAUCAAUUGUACAGCGAGUGAUCAUAAAUCUCCUUCUGAAACGACAACCUCAACUGCAGCUUUUGAAGUUUGCUGUGCCAUUACAUUUAAAAGAACAUUCGCAGGUUAGAUUUAUUUCACAAAGCAGAUUACUGUGCAAAGAUGUGGAUUUGUUGGUAGAUCAUACUUGCGAAAUAUCAAAUUACAAUAUGUAUAUAAUAAAUUACACGCCUAUCAUACGAAUUAUGAUACAAACUCUUAACGAAAUAUUGGACACAACAACGACUGAGACUAACAAAAUUAUCGCAGACAAUCCUCAACUUAAAAAGAGAACCCGAGCGAAUGUUUUGAACAAUUAUUACAAUCUCAUAGAUGCUGGUGUGCAGAAAAGUACCAUUGUGAAGAAUGCCUGGUUAUUGGCACAUGAAAAUGAUAAACUCAAAAAUAAGCUCGAUUGUAUUAAAGUACUUAAUAUGAACAAUGAUCUACUUAUACCAUGGUUACGUUUGACUCAAGAGGAAUUAGCAAAUUAUGUAUUUUAUACACAAAAUGAUAUGGGUUCUUAUACCCACAACAAGAUUGAACAUCUUGCUCAUAGAUUAGAGUGUAGCAUAGAAAAAUUAUGUGAAUUAACAGUACGGUAUACAUUUUUACUGAAAAUUCCAAUUUCUUAUAUAGACAAAAAGUUGAAUAUAUUACAUGAAUAUAAUAUAAAUAACAAGGAUAUAUUGAAAGAUUUAUGGGUAUUUCGAUACAGUGAAAAUCAUAUACGUCACAGAUGUGAAUUGUAUAAAGAUACAGGAACUUUAGAAAUAAAAACAUGGGCUAUAAGAUGUCAGCUUAGAUUUAUAGCAAGAGCAAUCCAAAAUAAUAAUGUGAAACGUUGUAUAAUGAGGAAUCAUUCAAGUGUUAGCGAAUUUUUGAUGUAUAAAUUAAAGAUCGAUGAAGAAAGGCUCAACCUAGCGAUCGCGAAAUCGCCGGGUAUUUUGCGGAUAAACUUAUUAAAAUUGAAUUGGCUAAUUAAUAUAUUACACGAAAAUGGAAUUACUAGCGAUGACAUAUUACAAGAUACACGAAUCUUUUAUUUUAACAUACAAACUGUACAGAAGCGAAUUGAACGUUUAAAGAAAGAACAUAUUGUUCCGAAACUUCCUGUGUUGGCAUUAGCUGAGCAGUCUUUUGAACGACGUAUAAAAAAAAAUCAUCUUCAACGAGAAAUAUUGCAAGAUCAUCAAGAUGUUAAAGAGUAUUUAAUUGAUAAAUUAAAUGUUGAUGAAAAACUCCUUGAAGAAGCGAUUGCAAAGUUGCCGAUCUUACGGAUAAAUGUACGAAAACUAAAUCAAUUGAUUGAUUUAUUGCAACAGUAUGGUAUAAUGGGUGAUGAAAUAUUACGUCAUCCACGAGUUCUUUUUUUUAAAACGGAAACUCUACGUAAAAAGAUUGAAAGGUUAAAAGAAGUUGGGCUGCCACUAAAGGUAACUCUACUGAUAUAUUCUCAAAAAGACUUUGAUGAAUAUAUAAAUCAUAAAAUACUGAAAUAUGAAAGAUUUGAAAAAUAUUAGUUUGUACAAAAAUCAAUAUUAUAAUAAAUUUAUUCUUCUAAUA